GCUCAAAUUGUGUUCAAAUGAAUUAUAUCGUUUACGAGGUUUCCCUGAUAUGUUCUGAUAGUCAUGUUUAUUCGAUACUCGCCAACAAUAGAGGAGAACUACGGUUUCCAAGGAAGAUGAAACGGACGAAAACAAUGUAAAGACAGAUGUUUAGAUUGUCCUUCCAUAGCAUUAGUGGAAAAGACUACUCUUCAACCCCCCCCUCUAACAAGUCUUCACUUUCAUCAUAAAUCGUCGGGAAAUAUACUCAGUUUCUUUUUCACGCCAGGUAACUACAUAUCUUAAAAUUAUUCGUCCCUCGAACUACUUUUUUAAAUUUCAUUUAUAGAUAAAUUGCUAAUUUAAACAAUUUUAUCUCCGUCUUUCUUAGUUAUAUUUUAUGCAAAUAUAAAAUUUUGCAUGUCGUGAGGCAGCGAAAAGCAAUAUUGUGUUGCGUUAUCUACUAAACUGCCUUGCAGAUACAAAAACAUACCUAAAUAUUCAAGUCGACAGAAAGAAUUGUUGUGUGGGAUAGUGGUAGUCGACGGUAAGUAGUAUUAUUUUUUUUGAAGACAAAAACUUGCCUUUCCGCCUGGCAAAGAAACAAGCUUUGCUUUGAAUUUUCAAUGAAAUUCUUAUUUAUUUAAAGUGGCUGAAAUAUUGUCUUGAUUUACGCGUUCCACUGUGCCGUUUCUGCCGAAUGUUACGGUAAUAUUUUGGUGACGUUGAAUACGGCAAUGAAAUGACACGAAAAGGUAAAUAGAGCAGCGAAAUUGCGAGGAAAGUUCCGCGUGGAAAAAUAUCUAAUAUCCCCGUAAAAGCCUUUCACAUCGGUAGGCACUGCCUUUAUGUUAAAAUUACAAGUACUGACCUAAUAUUAAAGGCAUUUCAAAUGAUUUCAAAUACGCACGUACAGAGUGAAAGGUAACAUAGCCUAUUCAUUUUUAUUGAAACACGUUCCUUGAAAUCAAAUUCAAUUUCCUGCUUGUGAGGAAACUAGAGUCCUAUGUUCAAGGUUUGUAUUCAAUUAUUAGCCGAUGAAAUCCGGUUUUAAAGGUAAUACGAUAGAACCCAACUCGCAAUAAAAUAGCACGCUAACCUACAAUAAAAGUCCAACAUAGAAAAAAGAUAUAAAGACAAUUUAGGGGUAAAAAUAUAUCUGUAUUUUUCCGCCAACAUAUAGUUUCACCGCAGGUCACGCAAGCUUGAAAUCAUCGGCACUGUAUGUUUGAUACGAAACGUUCGAAAUAAAAGGUUUUAUAUGGAGGAAAAAUGAUUGUUUCUGUAACCAACGAAUGUGAAAGGAUUUGAACAACUUUUAAAAAGUUGUGUGUUUCUUCUUUCCUGUGUGGUUCCCGAGCCGAUUCACGGCCAUUUUUAGAGACAACAAACAGGUUCCAACGAGACCCAUAAAAUCGCCUCGGAAUUCAACCACACAGGAAGGAAGAAACACACACCUGUGAAAAGUGAGGUUUGCCGAUUUUAUUUAAUUCCUUCCACAUUCGUUGGUCACAGAAACAAUCCUAUUUUCCCCCAUAUAAUCCUUGUUUUUUGAUUGUCACGCAGCAGUGCUGAUGGUCAUGUUUCGAACUUGGGGAACAGUGGUUUCAAUUAUCCCUUAUCCCUUUUCAGCAUUAUCCACUAGCAUGAGUCAUAGCUUCUUCCGUAAUAUUCAUUUUUUUUUUAUAGUCUUGAGAAUUCAGAAUUCCUUUUUCUCAGUCGACAUUACUUCUUUACCUCGCCUUUUUAUCCCCGGGAGUGGGGGGGUUACCCUCAACAAAGUUUUACUGGUACGUGGAGGCUCCGCACCGGGGUGCAACCCCUUACCCUGUUAAAAGUUUUAGAUACCAUUUUUAACAGAAAAGGUACCCCUUUCGCAUACCUACUAUUGACAAAGAGUACCCCUUUCAAAUACAUACUUUAAAAUUUUGCAUCCCCUUUAACUGCUGUAAAUGAACCGAAAAAACCAGAACGUUUUCUUGACUUUUUCACAGCCAUAAAACUGUACAUCUGUUAGCCCAAGUUUGAGCCUCUUUACGGACUUAAAUGACAGAUUUUCCUACCCUCUCAAAUAGUUUAACUAGUGGAAUCCCUACCCUUUCAUGCUGACCUGAAGCCUGAAAUAGGUACCCCUUUGGGGCGGAGCCUCCCCGUAUAGGCAAUUAUAGAGAGUACCCGCCGGGCAUUUUAUCUACCGUGUGCCAUUUAAAUACACUUCUGUUUGAUCUCUCCAAUAGGCAAGGCAAACGAGGCUCACACCUAGUGAAUGCCAUUUUAAAUAAUGUGAAUCAUGACUCGGCAUCUAAACGGCAACUCGCCUCAAGUUAAAAUUGUCAAGAGGGUGAAAAAACUGGGCAACGCAAUUUUAGUCUCCUCAGGCUUGACUCUCCUCAUUGUAAUGGUUACAGUGACUCUGCCAAAACUUGAAAGCCUGCAAUACCAUAUAGGAACCUGUAAGGUCAAGAAAACAUUUCUGAACAUGGAUUCUGGCAAGAAACUUCAUUGCCGCUGUAAAGAGCUCAAAAGCGAAUCAAAGUGUUUGAUUUAUUACCCAUGCCUUCAAAUCUACGUUUCAUUCGACAAUUUAUCAACACGGGAAGCUUUGGUCGUGAAUGAUCGACGACGGAUCUCAGAAACGUGUUCGUACAAACUUCGGAACUACGACUGUAAAACGAAGAAUGACGUUUACAAACAUGUGGAACAUUUUCGUGAAAAAUGGGGCUUGAUGAACUCGUCUUACCAAUGUUUCCGUACGUCAAGACAUCCCGAUCACGUGACUCUUGCAAACGAAGCACCCAGUACCGCCCUGACAGUGAAUUUAACCCUGUUUCCCUGUAUUGGAAUUGCUAUUGGUUUGUUAAUGUUGCAUUUCAAGGAGCAAAUAGGGCUAAUGCUCGCUCGUAAACUAAACUUGCGCGUUAACGAAGGUUACGUACCUGUGGCACUUGUAAAGCACGAGGAUGAUUCAACUCAAAAUGACUGAAAGUGGAUCGACCCACACGGAGGGAAAGAGGACUCCCUAACUUGGCCUAGAUGGGUACAUGCCGCUGAACAGGGUAUGGUUUCAAGAGUAUCGGGUCUCAAACUUGUAAAAAAUUUCACAUUUUAUCUUCUUGAACAUUGGGUGUCAUUUUGAACCAAAUGCCUUUAAAACAGUAGGAAGCUUGGCGAUGGGCGACCUAAAAUUUCUUUUACUAUGGAGGAUAGAACCUGUUUGUAUACGUUUUUUAACACGAUGAGUCUGCUGAAUCUUCGUAAACUAAGGAUCCUCCCUUUAAAAGAAGAAAAAUUCUUUCUCUACUUUAGUUUAUUCUAUUUGAAGAAGGAAUUGUUUAAUUCCAUUUUCAAGAGUA